CAAUGCCAUCGUACAUUCCGGCUAAACAUAAAGUUACAAGGCGUCUGCUGUAGUCGCUCUUGUUUCGGAAGAUAAACAGAUGAUAAGUGGAAGCCACAGAACCUGGAUAAAAAAAGGAGAGAGAAACUUCAGUUAGAAGAUGACAAGAUUUUGUGACAAAAAGGAGAAGAAGAAGAAAGCCAACUCAUCAGCUAAAUAAGUUCAGUUGCAAACAAUUUUUUUUAAAUAUGCCUAUUAGCAGUAGGGUGCUUGCUUGGAAUUUCAUCUCAUAAGGUAAAUACUGGCCGGCCUUUCAGGCUCCCUGCAAUUUCAGUUUUUUCAAGUGAAUUUUCCUUUUGAUACAGCAGAAUAAUUAAUAUCUCUCUCAAAAUGUAUUCAAGCAGAAAAGUAUUGUGCACACAUUGAUAACAGAAGCAUCAAAUAAAGCAAAUGCGAAAGAAGGAAGUGAAGCAAGGGCCUCCACAACACAUGAGCAAUUCAUCAUGGAUUCUACAGGAGGAGAUGUAGGAGCCACUCUGUCUGGAGAAAUAUGUAUCAAAGAAGAGCCUAUAUCAGCUGACACAUGCGGGAGACCAUCAGAAGAAACUGAACUGAACAACACUAAAGAAGAAACUGUUAUACCAGCUGACAUAUGCGGGAGACCAUCAGAAGAAACUGAACAGAACAACACUAAAGAAGAAACUGUUAAAAUGGAAAUUCCUGAAGUUCUUACCAUACGUGAUUUCAAAUUACAUGUUAAGAGAAAGGUUGGAGCAAAAAACGAAGCCAAAAGAGUUGAUUUGGUUAGGCCUGUCCAAUCACGUUCACAUUUGACUCCAAAAAAGAGGAAAUUGGAAGAGAGGUACAGCUUAGAGGAAGCAGCAUAUGAAAUUAUUAGAAGAGAGUAUGCUCGAGUGAAAUCUGACGAAUAUUCACACUUUGGCAGAUUAAUUGCACAGAAAUUGAGGCGGCUCAAGUCUGAAAGGUUAAAAAAGGUGGCGCAAGUGGAGCUCCUAAGGAAAUUAUUAGAAAUUGAGAGAGAGGACAUGGAGGAAGACAAUCGUUAAUGUGGACGAUACUUCCUUUACUGUAAUGAUAGACUGUGUGCUGUAUGAGGUAUCCUAAUUUAUUUUAUUUUUUAUGUUUAUAAAAAAAUCUGUAUGUGUAUAUGUUGUUGAAAUAAUGUUUUUAUAAAAUAAAGUAGGAGUUACCUA